AUGAGUUACAACCAAGGCGGCCAGCAGGCGUACGGCUCCUACAAUCCCUACGGACAGAACGGGAACCCGUAUGGAGAUAGCGGCAACCCAUAUGCUCAGCAAGGCGGAAACCAAUAUCCCCAACAGGGUGGCUAUGGCCGGCCCCCAAUGCAACCACAAGGGAGCUCCAACUACCAGGACCCCGAGCAAGGGAACGCCGGUUAUGAAAUGUCCAACAUGAACGGCAACGAUCCUAAUCGUCUCCUCAACGAAUGUCGAAAUAUCGAUCGAACAAUUGAUGAGCUGGAAGAAAAGCUCGAGCGCCUCAAGCUCAUGCACCGUCGUGCGAUAGAUGACGCUGCGACCAACUCCAAUGUCCAGACGGAAGUCGAGAGCCAAUCGUCUGACAUUAUGAACACCUACCGGGCCAUAGUGGCUCGUGUCAAGAAGAUCAAGCAGGAUCCUGAAUCAGGCAAUCCUCGAAAUGCUCCUCAGGUGGGAAAGGUGGACCGCCGCAUCAAGACCAUGAUCAACCGGUUCCAGCAAGCCGACAGCGACCACCGCAAGAAGCUUAACGAACGCAGCGCUCGAGAAUACCGCAUCGUGCGACCAGAUGCCAGUGAUGCGGAGGUCCGAGAAGCAAUUGAGGAUUCAGGCAAUCAGGCAAUCUUCUCACAAGCACUCAUUAAUUCCGACCGCCGUGGUCAAGCCCAAAACAUUUCCAACAAUGUGCGCUCCCGUCACCAGGCUAUUCAGAAGAUCGAACAAGACAUGAUCAUGCUUGCGCAGCUGUACCAGGAUUUAGAAACCCAGGUUAUUCAGCAAGAGCCUGCUGUCCAGCAGAUCGAGCAACGAGGCGAGGAAGUCAACGAUCAUGUUGCCAAAGCCAACACCGAACUCGAUGGUGCCGUCACCAAAGCUCGUGCUGCCCGGAGAAAGAAGUGGUGGUGCUUGGGCAUCGUUGUUGUCAUUCUCAUCAUCAUUGCCAUUGUUUUGGGCAUUGCCAUUCCCAAGUUGUGA